GGGGUCGGUCGCCGCCGCCGGCCGGCAGUGUCGGCGGGAUGGCGGCACGGGCGGCGGGUAGUGCACGGGGCUCGGUGCCGGCCGCUCAGCAGGUGUAGGCACGGUGCACGGGGCGGCGCGCGGCCGCGGCGGGCCACCGCCGGAACCGGAGCCGCGGUCGGAGCCGGGGCAGGAGCCGGAGCCGGAGCCGGAGCAGGUGGACCUUCUGUCAGAGGAGCGACCGCUACGUGGAACGGCUUCAGGGGGCCCAGCCGCUCCGAGAUGAGCGGCAGGUCUGAGGCUGGCCGCGUCACAUGGAGGUCAUCCGGGUCGUGGUUAUCGGCGCGCCGCAGGUCGGCAAGUCGACCCUGGUCAAGCAGUUCGUGCAGAGCGCGGCGCCCGGCCGGCCGGCCUGCUCGCUCUCGGACGGCUGUCCGCGGCACACCUACUUCCCGGCCGUGCUGCUGAACAGCCGACUGUUCGCGUUCCGGCUGCACGACGUGUCGGGCGUGCGCCGCUUCCCGGCCGGCGCCGACCAGGAGUGGAGCCAGUGCCGCGCGCUCGGACUGCGCAGCGCCGCCGCCUACCUGCUCGUGUUCGACCUCACGUGCGCCGACUCGUUCCGCUACAUCCGCGCCAUCCGCGAGCAGAUGCUCGAGUCGCGCGACAUGCAGCGCGUGCCCGUCAUCGUGGUGGGCAACAAACGAGACCGGGUGGCGGCGCGCGACACCCGCGACUGUCGAGACUUCUCGGCCACCGUGCGCAAACAGUGGAAGUGGCCGUACGUCGAGUGUUCGGCCAAGUUCAACUACCGCGUGCUGCAGGUGUUCCGCGAGCUGACAAUGGCGCUGGAUGCGCUGCGGCAGGAGGAGCUGGCGCCGGCCACCGAGACGAGCGCGGCCGCGGCGCGCUCGGCCGCCGACGGCGGACUCUGCGGACACUGCGCCAUCCAGUAGCCGGUGCCGGAGCCGAGCCGCGGACUGCCAGCCACCAGCCCUUUUUUAUCACUGUUGGCCGCGAGUGAGGUGGUGCUAGUGUGACGACGUACCGUGUACAAGGCGAGCAAGUGCAAACCGCGGCGCGCAGCGGUGGGGGCGGCGCGCACCGCGGGGCAAUAAGGAGUGCAGUGCCUCCGGCGGGAGCGGGUGGCACCACGGGGGCGCGCCGGCCGCCGCGGCCCAGCCCAGUCUUUCACCGGCGCCGCCGCGAGACGGCCGACCGAGCUCGCUGCGAGUGACCGCCUCUGUCGCCCUUCCAAUACACGUCAACCUGUGA